AUGGUUGGUGGUAUAUUGAAGAAUCCUCUAUCCAAGGAACAGGUUACUAAGGAAGAUACCGAAGAUGUUGCUGAGUUUAGGAAACAAGUCCUGAAGAAUACUCAAUUGAAUGCUAAAUUAACGUCUGGACUAGACAGUAAAAUGCAUAUGUCCCUAUCACAGGGAGGUGAAAGUCAUAUAUUGCCAAAGGAUACGCUUACUUUGAAGCAUGAACAUGAUGUUCAACAAGUACAAGAUGACGAAGAGAAGUUACAAUGGAAUCAGAAAAACUUAGAAGAUAAUGAAAUUGCCAAAUUACAAUAUAAAGAUAUUCAUGUUGAUGAGCCAAAAACACCGUACCAAGGAGCAGUGGACCCAAACGGUGAGUAUUAUAAGAUUGAUGAUGAGAAUGAUGACCUAGACGACUUUUCAUUGGGAGAAGCAGAAUACGACACCAAACCAACGUUGGAUGAAGAUAGACUUGAAGAAAAUGUUUCUGAACAAGCAGAACAAUUAGAGGAAGACGAUAAAGAAGCAAGGCACAAGAAAUUCGAGGAGAUGAGGAAGAAACAUUACAACGUCAAAGAAAUCUUCAAAAAUAAACACUUGCACGAAGAUGAAGAUGACGAAGAUACAAAUUAG